AACAAGAUGGCCGAUUCCAAAACAUAACCGAAAUCCAUGACCAGAAAGGGUCAACCAAAGAACAAAUCACCUUGAUUUCGAAACAUUUUUUCGAUUAUAUAGUGUUCCUUAACAUAUCUAAAACUUCAUGAAUACACUCCUGCUCAUGUAUGUGACAAAAUGGAAGAAGCAGGUUCUGAAAAUUUAAACCCAGAAGAAGUUCGUAAACGGCGUCUAGCUUAUUUUCAGUCAAUAUCAGAUAAGGAUAAACCAGCAGUAGCUAAAGUAGAAUCUACUCCUUCAAAGGGUCAUGCACCACAAAAUCAAAUAGAAUCUGCAGACAAAAACGUAAGCAAGGAACAAGUUCAAUUUACUUCACAAAACAAACAUAGAGCAGAUAAUGGUAGAACUGAUGAUGUUCCAAAGCUACAACUUAGUCAUCAAUCUAAUGGCCAAGUUGGAGAUGGGUAUGAUGAGACUGUGGAACGCUUGCUUCAGCUCUCUAAAAAAGAAAUGGCAGAAAAAUAUACCAACAGAAAAGACAGUCCUAAAGGGGAGUUAACUCCUAAACAACCAGAAACUAAUCAUGCCAAAGUCAGUAAUUCAGGAUGGAGUCCUAGUCAGUUAAGCAGUAAGGAAGAAUAUAGAAAUCUUAGUAAACAAAAUAAACCUCAAAAUUUUAGACAUUUUCAACCACAACCUGCAAAUGACUUACAUGUUGAAGAAAUAUUUAGUGAAAGGAACAAUUCAUUUCGUCCAAAACAUAAUCCACAAAUGGCUAAUUCUCUAAGGGAAUCACAUGAAAACAGUGCACAUAUAUUUCAAAAGUCUAUGGAUGUAAACCAAGUAGAAGAGCUUGGACUCUCAACCCAUAGACCUGAGGAUACUCAGAAAAGUAAAGAAUUACACGAAAGGUCACCAAGAGCUUUAAAUGAAUCAAUGUCAGAAGAGCUGAAGUAUGCUCUCGGUGAGAAAAAAUAUAAAGAAUUCUUGGAGAAAUCUAUGAAAGACAUUGAUGCUCUAUAUGGAGAAAACAUCAAAUCUAAAACCAAGGGGGGUAAAUUUGAAAAAGGGGGAACAAAAGAUAUAAAUGUUAGAAGAGAUCAAUAUGAUAAAGUAACUAAUUCAUUAAUGGGGCUACAGAUGAAUGAAACUGGACUUACACCAAACAAUGAUUCAAGUAAGAGUACAGACAGACUACUUAAUCGUCCCAAAAAUGAACCAGUCACCAUUUACCAGGGUAAGAGAGGAUUUGACAAGGAUGAAGGAGUAGGACAAAAUAUGAGUAGAAGCAAAAGCAUUGAUGAAUCACAGAGUGUUUCAAGUAAAAAUUUUGCAUUUUCAGCAGAUGAAAUUUAUAGUCAAGCUUAUCAGCCUAACACAUUAGAAUCUGUUCCAAUACCUGUAAGCGGAGGACUGGGACAUGGUCAUUCUCUUCAACAACAGCCUUUUUCUGGUAUGUCUGGAGUUGGACACAGCCAUUCAACACCUCAUGGGUUUCAGCCACAUCCUGGUUUAUACCAUAGUCAUUCUUAUGAAGGACCCAUGGUACAGAGUCCAUACAGUCAUUACCCACAGGAACAUUUCACGGCUAACAGUCCCCCGGGAUAUUUUGUUCAACACCCCUAUGGAUCCCCAGAAUCUUAUCCACAUGGACAUCCAACUAUGAGAACAUCAAGAAUGAUGUCACACUCCCCUAACCAGAAGGGAGAUAACCAGAUGCCACCUAAUUCAAUGAUGUCAUAUUAUCCACAUCCACAUUAUGAUGAUAGCCCAGGUCGUCAGAUUUCAGCACGUAACAUACAUUCAAUGGAUCCACAAGAGAUUCAUAAAUUUAGACAGCAACAUCCACAGAUGUUUCCACAUCCACCUGAGGAAUAUCAUUUUGAUUCAGAAAUGAAGCCUCAUCCACCCUCCGUAAAACAGAGUCAGAGUUCACCUUACUUUCAUCCAUCAAUGGUUAGAGUUCAGCAGCAUCCACCAGAGUCUCCUCCAAGUUAUCGACCAGGUCCACAUGGAUCUUCACAACGACCUGGUCCCCAUGGUGAUAUGUCAGGUUUCCAGGAUUAUCUCCACCUGAUGCCAAAGGGUAUUCCCUAUCCACCUCCACCUACAGACAUUGAACUACAGACCUACUUUCAGUAUGUAGGCAGUCAAGGAUAUCCUAUACCAUACCAGACAGUCAUGCCACCAGACUCACCAAGAGAUGAUCAAGAUUACAGAAUAUCUAUGUAUAGGCCUUUUGGUACGAUGGUUCCUCAUCCUCCUGCUGAGAAGAAAGAGACUAAGUCAGGUUCUAGUACCUUUAGGAGGAGAGAUAUGGACAGUAGUCGUGAUAAACCUGUCCAUGAGAGUAGUCAGGAUUGGCAGCAGCAUGAAGGUAGUCCACAAAAAGAUGAUGUGAAAAAAUCCAUUGAUGAUAGACCAGAUGAAUUAAGUAGUUCACAAAGACAUAUAGAGGGCAUUAGACAAUUUCAUGAACAAAGGAGACAACAGCAAGAAAAUGAGAUGUUGGAAAAACAAAGAACUUUUGCCAAGGAAUCCAUUGAUAGGUACUUCACUUCCCUUGAGCACCAUUCUAAUAAACAGCAGGGUCAAGACUUCAGUGACAAACCCAUGGAAAUAUUACGGGAAAGUUUGACAGAUGUACAGACAUUAGUUAAUUCUGAAGCUACAGGGGUAACAUUAAAUGCAGGUGGAAUUACUGAAAGGAUGGAUGAAUUAGGAAUAGAUUUGUCAUAUUUAAAACAAAAAGAUCAGGACAAUACAGAAAAUACAUACAAAAAUAAGGGAGAUAAUACCAAAACUAGGACUGUUAUUGUUUGCCCAGAAUGUGGAGAAGUAAACAAACCUUAUAUGACUUGGUGCUCAGAAUGUAGUGAAGUACUGAUAGGUGUAGAACCAGUCAAAGUCAAACCCAAACGAAAAGGUGGGCGUGGCAAAAAAUCUGGGGAAAACAGUGAUAAAAAUUAUGUUCUGUAUAAAAGUGUUACAUUUGAUGAGCCUAAAAAUUCUGAAUUAGAUCAAAAUGCAAGUGAUAAUGAACAGGAAGUGAAAGAAGUGGAACCGUCUCAUUCCAAAUUAUCUCCAACUAAAUCAGAGGGCAGAGAUAGUGGAAGGCCAUCAAGUGAUGAUUUAGAUUUAACUAGAACAGAAAAUGAAAUUGAUGAAAUAUGUCAAAGUUUGAGUGAUCCAGUAAUAAAAGGUUUUAUAAAGGCUUAUUUUAAUAAAAAGAGGCAGGAAGUAUCAAAGAAAACUGAUGAUGAAGAAGUUAUAGAUUCAGAGAACAGACAUGUUUCUGAAGAAAGAAGUACCAAAAGAACCUCAAGUACUGACAAAAUUGAUAGUGAAGACGAAAAAGUUGUGGAGGAAAAUCAACAUGAGAGGCAUCAAUUUCGACAUGUUGCCCACAAUGAAUUCAGUGAAAACCAGUUUAAUAAGGAAGUUAGUAAUGGAUUUCAUAGUGAUGAUAUAGAUAACAGUAAACAAAUGGAAAAUGAUUAUUUUCAUCCCAUUCAGAGUCUGCAAGAUCCAGAUCAUCAUCUACAUAAUGAAGAGGUCUGGUUACAUGAACAAAGGUCCCCUAGAUAUGAUGCUCCAAUGGGAAGGAAACACAUGCCUAUAGAUAUAGAAGUUUUUACUUUAGAAGAAAGCCGUCAGGGUAAAGUAACUCAAAGAGACCCACUUGUUCCUUCUUUAAACCUUGCAAACAGUAGUGAUGAGGACGAAAAUGGUAUGAAAAAGAAACCAUUUGUUCCACUUAGCAUGUCAGCAGAGAGUGAAGACUGGAAUGAUUUUUUUACGAAUGGAAACAAUUUUGAGAUUCCACAAGAAGAACCAAUACUUGAAAGUCCUAACACAGUUGAUGAUGAAUCAAUACCAUUUCUAGAACGAUUACUUGAACAUCAGCCGAAAAUGUCUAAAAAGCCACCAAGUUCAAGUGCAAAGACUCGUAAAUCAAACCCAAAUGUUAAAAGUGUUGUAAAGGAAUCUAUAGACACUCCAUGUAGGCAAAGAAAAUGGGCAAAGUCUAGUACUGCCUGGAAUUCCUUUAACCCAAGGGAGUUGAGCACAAAACCAAGUGUCAACAAAACUAGGCCAAUUAGCGCUGGCAAUAAACGACCCACAAGUGGUGGAACACGACCGGCUGCUAAUGGAGGAACCCGCCCUGCUUCAGCAUCUAACAGUGGUGUUCCAAGAAGAUCUGGCAGUAUUCCAAACCUAGCUUUACAAAGUAUGGAAGAUGACACACCUGGAAGGAAAAAAGUAUCAAAAUUCAACCGUCCUGUCAGUGUUGAUCUGUCUACAACCAGAUCAGAAGAAUCAAGAGGGGAUGUUACUCCAGAUCUUCCCGUCAGUCUUCCUGUCAGAAGGACAGAAGUGGCAAGUCAAGCUUUUGCAGUAAAGAGAAAUGAAGUCCCCACUUCACAGCCCCUGAUUAGGAAAAAAGAGGCCCCUAGUACUUCAUCUAAAGUAGAAACCAAAAACAAAGAGAGUCCUAAGUCACUACCUUAUGUAAUAGAUCAUCGACUUCCUGCUGAAGAAAUAGAACCAGUUAAAGAUAUCGGCAAACUUCAAAGUGCUUACUCUAUGUACCAGGAAAUGACACCAAGAAUACAGCAAGGAAAGUUUUCAGCAUGGCUGUGUCUUCCAGAUGAAAUAAUGUUACAGAUUUUUUCCUUCUUGUCUCAUGGAGAUUUAGUAGAUGCAGCUUUAACAUGUAAACAGUACUACAGAGUAGCUUUAGAUGAAACUUUAUGGAGAUACAUAACAAUAAAGAAAAAACAUGAUAUGGAUGACGAAACAUUAGCAAAUAUAGGUCAUCGGCAUCCUGUCAGUCUGGCGUUAAUACAAUGUCAUGGUGAUAAUAUUACAGCCAAGGGUCUUAGAGAAUUGUUUAGGGAAUGUUGUGAAACUCUAAGGGAAUUAAAUUUAUGUGGUUGCAGUAGAGGUGCUUUAACAGGAGAUUGUAUUUUACUGCAUGCCUCAGCAAGGUGUCAUAAUUUGACACAUGUUGAUGCCAGUUGGUGCAUGGUAACAGAUAGUGGUGUUGGUGCUAUUUCUAGCUCUUGUAAAAGACUUGAAAGUUUAUGCAUAAAUGGUUGUCAAAACAUAACUGAUGAAGGCUUAGAAACAGUACUCAAGAAACAUGGUUCAAGUUUACGAGUAUUGGAAAUGUUUGGCUGUUUCAAGAUUACACCUAAAGGAAUUAGAUAUUUAGCAACACAUUGUAUAAACCUUCUGACAUUGAAUCUUGGCCAGUGUUACAAGUUAAAAGAUUCAUGCAUUUCACAGCUCUCAACCAGUCUUGGCAGAAUUGAAAGUUUAGAUCUCAGAGGGGUUAAGCAUAUAAAGGACAACUGUAUUCGAUAUGUUGUGAAGAAUUGUCCCAGAUUAAAGACCAUAGUAAUGGCCAACUGUCCAAAUAUUAGUGAUGUAGCCUUAUUAGAGAUAUCAACAUAUCUUAGUGAUAUCAGGGUGAUAGAUGUGUGUGGCUGUAGGAAUAUUACAGAUAACAGUAUCAGAGCUCUGUCUAACAACUGUCAGAACCUACGGAACAUUGAUAUCAGUUCUACAGGAUGUACACAGCGGAGUGUUUCUAUGUUAGCCAAUUUCUGUAACCAGAGAUUAGAAGAAGCCAAGCUGAACUUCCUAGCAGAUGUUACUGAUGCUGUAGUUAUCAAACUUGUUAAACACUGUAAAAAGUUAAAACUUUUGCAUUUGUAUGGAUGUACCAGCAUAAAAAACAUAAAGAAAAUACAGGAACUAAACCAAGACUUAAAUGUUGAAAUGUAAGCUGAAAACAAAAGGCUUGAUUCUACAGUAGACUGGAUCAGUACAUCAUGCUCCCUAAUAACAUAAAAUCAUACCAAACCUUACCAGUUCUGAGCGGCAUUGAAACCAGGGUAUAUUUGACAGAAAAAAAUAACUUUUUUAGGAGAUAAGAUAUGAAUGUGUUAUUUAGAAAUUUGUUCAUCUUUAAAAACAAAACCAUGUUCAUUAGAUAAUGAUGUGUGUUGUAUUAAACAGCGUUCUUUUAGUGUUAAACAUUGUAUUGAUUUAAUAUAAGUCAACAAAAUUAGAAAAAAAGUUGUCAUAUUCACAUUGAAGAAAAAGCUCUAUUAAAAAAACUUUGUACCAUGUAUGGCCUAACAUAAAAAAAUCAGUCCCAAAACAUGCUGUAGUUACCACUUUUCUUUACAAUUUGGAAUUCUUUUUUCAAAUAACUUUAAAACAAAAUCAUAUUAGAUAGUUAGAUACAUCAUUCACAUGUUCAUGUCUAGUUUUAGUAACAUGCAUGUUUAUGGCGUUCAAUUAUAUUUAUAUAAAAGAUCUGAUAAGGGUGGCAGUCUGUAGUGUUACACUCUUGGAAAAAAGUAGAAAAGUAAAAAACUAGAUGUAGAAAUAGUUGUAAAUACAUAAUUUAUGGAACACUUGUGCAAUAGAUAUCUAUAAAUAUUUUGCUGAAAAAAAGGAAUUCAGGCAUUUUCUAUAUAAUCAGUAUUGGCUCCACAUUUAUGCAAAUUCAUAUAAAAUUAAGAAUAGUAUUAUUUUUAUACUCAUCAUUAUUUGUACAUUUGUAAAUUAUUUGUUAAUUUAUUAAUGAUCAAAUCAUUUGCUCAAUUUGUAUGUAUGUUUCACAUAUCAUAGUUAUUUAUAUGUUAGAAUUAAAUGCCUUUGAGCUUCUAUUGAGUUCUGAACACAUUAUACUUUUGCUGUUUGUUUGCUUUAUAUCCUUUUUGUCAUUUUUUUACACUUUAAUAUAUAUAUAUUUCUAUUCAAGUUAGUGUGAUAUUUCAUGAUGCAAUUUCUGUGAACCUGUUUGACUUUCCCUUUUUCUUAUCUAUUUUGACUGUUUAUCCUCUAUUUAUUAAUGUUGACUGUUUCUUUUAUUUUUAUGCCACAUCAUCAAAAUAAUGGGGUACUUUUUUUUACUUCUGUCUGUCCAUUAGUCCGUCCAUUUCACAUAGAUGUCCAGUUAUCGCGUCCUAUAGUUUACAAAUUAAUACCUUUAAUAUUAUGUAGGAUGUUAGUAUAUAUAACAAAUGCGUGCUAGGAUGGGUUACAUCAAAGGAGAGGUUCAGUAAGACCCCUUUUUGGCCCCAAAAUAUAGCAGUUUUAAAAAAUUGUUAAAAUGUAAACUUUUAGUUAGUUAUUGUAAAGUAGAAUGCUUCUGCUACAUAAAUAUGGGCUUUUUUUGACAAUACAGUGCACAUAUAUUAGGUACUAGCACCAUUAAGUCAUGCUAAAUUACUGAAAUCUUCAUAAUUCUAGCAUUUUAGUUAAAUUUUAGACGGUUUUCGUGUGAAACGAAAAGUGGCCGCAUUCGUGUUCAUUCUUUUAAAUAUUUAAAGGUAAGUUGUAUUUUAUGAUAAUACAUAACAUAUAUGAAGAUUGAGGAUGAACACGGAUGCGGCCAAUUUCAUUUUUGACGAAAACCAUCUGAAAAGUGACAUUUUUCAGCAUAUUUGUUAGAUUUUUCAUAUUUGAACUUCAAUCAGGUCGUUUUUAAUGACAAAAUCAGUUAAAAACUUUCACAUUAACUAAUUGAUUCAAAUAAAAUAGACACUUGAGUGUUCAAAAAGUGGUCAAAAUCUUUCGUCAGAUGAACCUGAAAUUUGAAGCCAAAAUCGUUCCUUACCGGACCUACUCCUUUGUCUGAAACAAUACAACCAUCUCAAAAGGAGUGGCAAAAAAAGUAGACAAUAUACAAAACAGAGCAUAGAAAUCUAUCAAUAGAGACUGAGCAACAUGAACACUCUAGUGGGCCUCAUUGGGGUCUAAGCGUGACACGGGAUUCCAAUUUUUUGUAAGCUUGACAUGUGAAAGUCAAAUUAUUGUGUCCUGAAAACGGGAAAUGAGGUCUUGUGGGACCACGGAAAGGACAAAAAAUUAGAAUUGCUUACGUACAUUGUGUAAGAUACACAAAUCUAACAAAACAGUAAGCGGUAUCUGGGAUCGGAACCCCCCCAAUGAGACCCCCACUCAACUGUUUUUUUUUUUCUAUCUUUGUCUUUUAGUAUUCAAACUGCCAAAGUCUAAUGUAAAAGGUUUUCAUUGAUUUUCUGUGAUUGUUGAACAUAUUUAUUUGUAGAUAUAUUGUUAAGUUUUGGAAAUUUUUAAAUUAUUAACACUGUUUAGACAAAUUUUAUGUCAUUUUUUGUUCAAUUGUGAUUAAAGGAGUAGAUGCAUGAAAUUUGUAAAAUAAGUUUCAAAAUUGAAGAUCCCAGUGAUAUUGGAAAUAAGUAUACGUCUAUUUAGGAAAUUUAAAGGAGUAGAUUUCAGUAAUUUAGCACGACUUAAUGAUGGUAGUACCCAAUAUAUGUGCAUUGUAUUGUCAAAAACAGCCCAUAUUUAUGAGGCAUUCUACUUUCCAAUGAAUAAUUAAAAGGUAAUUUUAACAAUUUUGUCAAACUGCUAUAUUUUGGUUCCAAAAAAGGGUCUUACUGGAUCUACUCCUUUAACAAAUGAUCUAUUAAGUGUUUUUGGGGAGGCUCCAGGGUAUAAAAAUUUCACAAGAAAGAUUAACAUUUUUUGUUCAUUACAAAUUUUAUAUAUUACCUUUAAUAGUUGUUUCUUUAUCAUAUGGUACAAAAAUUAUUCCAAAAAAUCAAUUCAUGUUAGCUCCAGAUAUCUUUGAAAAUGGAUAUAUCAUUCAAAACACUCCAAAUUAUCUCCCUUUGGUGCAAAACUGCCAUUUUUCAGCAUUAAAAUUUAGAUAUCUUUUUUAACUCAUCGGUGACCUAUAUUUUUUAAUAUUAAAUUCAAAUUAGUUGUAUUCAAACUAAACUGUUGUAAAAUUUGAGCCAUUUCUGUAAUUCAGUUCUUUUUUUAUUUCGAUAUUAUGUCUUUUUCUCCUAUUGGUUCAACAGAAAAAAACAUAUCUUUACCAAAAUGUAUGCUUCUUUUGAAGGCAAAUUGUGGGAGUAAAUGAACAGUGACUCCAUGUUUUUAUUUUAAUUUUCUAUUAAGUAUAAGAUAAAGUUCAUUUAUAAAAAAAAUAUAGCGAAAUCCUAUAUUUAAAAAAAA